AUGUACUUUCCGGACUGGAUCUACAAAGAUCUUGAAAAGGAAGACAGUGGAAGACUUAUUACCAAUGAUGGAAUCAGCAGCAACGAAGAAGAUGAGACAUUAAAGAAGAUGACACUGGUGGGUCUGUGGUGUAUUCAGUCUUCCCCAUCAAACCGCCCACCAAUGAACAGAGUGGUGGAGAUGAUGGAAGGAAGUCUUGAAUCUCUUGAAGUGCCUCCGAAGCCUGUCUUGCAGCAAAUUUCAACAGCGCCGCUUUCUGAAUCUUUUUGGAUUUCUGAGGAGAGUUCAACCGCUUCUGAGGUAUGA